AUGGAUGGGGUGGCUGGAGGUGUGGGUACCCCCGGUAGCGCCGGGGGCUCUGGGGGUGACAGCCUGCCCAGGCGUAACGGAGGGGACUCGAAGCGGCGCAGUAAGAGCAGCCUGCCCUCUCCGGGCUACAGGCUGUCCCAGGCCUCACUGGAAGGGGAGAAGGGCUCCGCUGCAGACAGCACUUCCUCGGGUGGACGCGGCCGUCGUCUCUCCAUCAUGAGCUCCUCCACCAGGGACGGCCUCCCCUUCCGCACGGCGGGCACGCCAACCACCCCGGUGCCCCUGCCGCCUCCACCGUCCUCCUCUUCUGCCACAGCCCACCCUCCGCCGCGCUCAGUGGGCUUUGCCUCGUCCCGCGCCGCCCUGCCCUCCACCUCCUCCACCGGGACUGGAGUCAUGGUGGUGGCCACCGGCCCAGAGACCACCACCACCACGGCCUGCAACACCACUGCAGGGACCCCUGAGAUGGUGGGUCAGUCUGGACUGGGUGGGUUUGGCAUGGGGCUGGAUGGAGAGGACUACAGCAACUCCAACCAGAGCACCUUCAUCCAGAGACAGUUUGGGGCCAUGCUUCAGCCGGGGGUCAACAAGUUCAGCCUGCGCAUGUUUGGAUCUCACAAAGCUGUGGCACUGGAGCAGGAAAGACUGAAAUCAGCAGGGGCGUGGAUCAUACAUCCCUACAGUGACUUCAGAUUCUAUUGGGACCUGUUGAUGUUGCUGUUGAUGAUGGGGAACUUAAUCAUCCUGCCAGUGGGCAUCACUUUCUUUAGAGACGAGAACACUCCCUCGUGGAUCAUCUUCAACGUGGUCUCUGACACUCUCUUCAUGGUUGACUUGGUUCUCAACUUCAGGACCGGCAUCGUCAAGGAAGACAGCACUGAGAUAUUGCUGGACCCCAGGGCGAUACGCCAGAACUACCUGAAGAGCUGGUUCCUCGUAGACUUUGUGUCAUCCAUCCCGGUGGACUACAUCUUCCUGAUGGUGGACAGCCUGGACUCGGAGGUCUACAGGACAGCCAGGGCGUUGCGCAUUGUCCGCUUCACCAAAAUCCUGAGCCUGCUUCGGCUGCUCCGCCUGUCCAGACUCAUCCGCUACAUCCACCAGUGGGAGGAGAUCUUCCAUAUGACCUAUGACCUUGCCAGUGCCAUGGUUCGGAUUGUAAACCUGAUCGGUAUGAUGCUGCUGCUGUGCCACUGGGACGGCUGUCUCCAGUUCCUGGUCCCCAUGCUGCAGGACUUCCCUCCCGACUGCUGGGUUUCCAAGAACCUGAUGGUGAAUGACACAUGGGGCGUGCAGUACUCCUAUGCUCUGUUCAAAGCCAUGAGCCACAUGUUGUGUAUCGGGUACGGUGCCCAGGCUCCAGAGGGGAUGACUGAUGUGUGGCUCACCAUGCUCAGUAUGAUCGUAGGCGCCACCUGCUAUGCCAUGUUCAUCGGCCACGCCACCGCUCUCAUCCAGUCGUUGGACUCCUCACGACGACAGUAUCAGGAAAAGUACAAGCAGGUGGAGCAGUACAUGUCGUUCCAUAAGCUUCCUGCAGAUGUUCGGCAAAAGAUCCAUGAGUACUAUGAGCACCGCUUCCAGGGGAAAAUGUUUGAUGAGGAGAACAUCCUGGGAGAACUCAGUGAACCACUUAAAGAGGAGAUAGUCAGCUUUAACUGCCGUAGCCUGGUGGCUAACAUGCCGCUGUUUGCCAACGCUGAUCCCAACUUUGUGACCGCAGUGCUGACCAAGCUCCGCUUUGAAGUGUUUCAGCCUUUUGACUUCAUCAUCCGCGAGGGCACAGUUGGACGGAAGAUGUACUUCAUCCAACAUGGACGAGUCAGUGUGCUGACCCGUGGCAACAAGGAAACCAAGCUGAGCGAUGGGUCUUACUUUGGAGAGAUCUGUUUGUUGACUCGCGGACGGAGGACAGCCAGCGUCCGGGCAGAUACAUAUUGUCGUCUGUACUCUCUUAGUGUGGACAGCUUUAACGAGGUGCUGGAGGAACAUCCAAUGAUGCGGCGUGCCUUCGAAACUGUCGCUGUUGACCGAUUGGACCGUAUUGGCAGGAAGAACUCCAUGCUCCUGCGGAAAUCAUCCCAGGGCGGUUCACUGGGGGGCAGUAUGGGUCGUGGUGGAGGUCGAGGUGGAGGGGGUCCGGGAGCAGGGGCAGGCCUUGCAGCAGCUGGUCUGGGUUCCUGUGACAGCAUGCUGGUGCAGCAGAUUGUCAAACACGACAGCAUGCCGGCCAUGCAGGACGCCAUUGCUGCAGCUGCUGCAGGGAGAAGCGGAGUCAUGGGAGGAAGCGGCACGGUAUCUCCUCGGCCACGCCCAGUCAUCUGGGCUCCGCUCGUCCAUGCUCCCCUGCAAACUGCAGCUGCCACCAGUAAUGUGGCCAUCGCCCUCAUGCACCAGCAGCAGCAACAACAGCAGCAGCUCCAGCAGUUGCAGCAGCAGCAUGCACUAGGAGGUGCCUUCUUCCUACCUUCCCCUCUUGUCUCCCCUUCUCCAUCCUCUUCUUUCCCUCUGUCACCCCCCCGUGCUCCUGUGCUACAGCCCCUCCGUCCCAGUGUGAGCUCCCUCAUCGGGAUGAUGACGAUAGGAGGGAUGGGUGGUUUGUCCCCAAGAGGAGGAUUUCCUGCCUCCACCUCAACCAUGGGCCCUCCUGGUGGGGUGACAUCACCACCCAUUGCUAAAACACCACCCACUCCAGCCUCUUCUGUCCCAACUUCUGUCCAACAAGGAAGGACUCUUCAUCACAGCCUCCGUCUCCAGGCUGAUCAUCCUUCAGUGAUUUCUGGAUCACUUGGAACCCCGACAGGAGGAGGAUCGCCAACUCCACCCCUCCCCAAGGUACCGACGACCAACCCCGCUGCUGAUUCUUGUGCCCCGACAGAUGGCAACACUUCUGUUACGGGUCAGCAGGGAGCAAAAGAAGCUCUGUUACGUCAUGGAGGAAACAGCUCUCAGGGUCUGCCAGCACUGGGCAGACUCACCCAGGAGGCCAGGCUGCUUUCGGCCUCACAGCCCACUCUGCCUCACCGCUCAUGGGCUGGAGUGCAGCCACACCCGCCUCUGCACCGAAAGGCCUCUGGUGGUAAUUUGUUGGCAGCUCCUUUCCUGGCAGGGCAGUUAGCCAGGGGAAGCAGUGCAGGCAUGCUGACCUCUAACGCUCCAGUACAGCUGGUAACAAAUAUACCAUUUAAUGCACAAACACAGGCACAGUCUACAGUUCCCAGCCAGCCUACUAUAACACAAUCUGCACCUCACACUGCCUCUGUACCCACACCCACAGCUGCACACAUGCCUGCUGCAGUUUCCAUGCCCUCUUCUUCCCCUCCGAAGCAAACCCCACUCUCCUCUGCCACCCCUUCACCUGCACCCACCCCCUCAUCUCCAACCCCCAUCCUCUCCCAAACACCUCGCCCAAAACCUAUCCCAAUGACCCCUUCUCGCUCCUCCUCUCCCCCUCCCUGCUCCACCCCACCUUCAGCAGGAACAAGCCCGUUGUUGCUCUCUUCGACUCCUCGUCCCAAACCGAUCCCUACACCUUCCCCCCGCUCCUCCUCUCCUUCUCCCUCCUCCACACCGCCUCCAUCCUUUGUUUCUACCCCCGUUCCACAUCCUCAAACUUAUGGGUCAAAAUCAUCUCUUAUCUCCUCUCCUCCUCCCUCUUCCUCGGUCACUUCCUCCCCACCACAUCCCCAGAGCCCAAGAGCCAAGGCAUCCAACAUGUCUCCUUCUGCUUCUCUUUUGUCUGGCCCUAGUCCUGCCCCAACCCCUUCUCCAAUACCGACUCCCAAUCAAACUUCCCGCACCCACACCCCUACCCCCUCCCAAACUCCAAUGCAAACCGUCACACCUGUUACACUUACCCAGACCCUUACCCCUACAGCUUCCCCCUCUCCGAUCCCUGUUACAUCUGUUCCCUCCCUGAGUCCAACAACUUGUCUCCAGCCCUCUGUCUCCAGCUCAGCCAGGGGCCCCACCUCAAGUCAGAUCCCAAAACAGGCCUCACCUCUAACCCCAACCCAAACUUCAGCUCCUGCCUCAACACUUGCUAAAACUAGUUCUGCUACUAAAAUAACGUUCUCAGUUCAUCCUGUAAAGCAACCCCCACCUGUCGUUACUCCAAGCCCCACUUCAGGCUCCGGUCGUUCCACCAAACCAAUCCCAUCGACAACCUCAUCCUCAACAACUUUAUGCCCAAACCCUGGCUCCACUAACUCCUCCUCUCUUACAACCACCUCCUCUACCACCACCUCUCCAAGUGUCCCAUCUGCUUCUUCUCAACCUCCAAAAAAAAUGCCAACCACCUUAGAUGCCCGUACCCACCCCUCAGAGCUCAACACACCCUCUACCCCUGCACAGACCUCUCAGGCAUCUACCACUACACCCACCCAGUCAGCACAUGUAGCCACCCCUGCCAGCACCACAUCCCCUAAAGGUGGGAAAAAGGACCCUCAGCUAGAACUUGCCAGAAAAGACUCAGAGGGACUAAGACACAAACUGCCCGCCAACAUGUAAGAGAGAAGAGGAAGAAAAUCCCAAAGGAGCCAUGGAUAUGCAGAGUUGUGUCAGAGUUGGCACCAGACAUCCAAUAAUCUCACGUGGACAGGUACAUCUUGUUUGCAUUCACUUUAGGAUGUGAUCGUCUUAGAACAUCAGGUGUUCAUGUGACGCUCAGCCAAGCCAUCGAUGGAGGAGAAAGACCUUAUGGUUGUGUUGAGUGCUGCAGGCUGAGGUAGAGAUUAAAAAAAACAAAACAUACAGAUGUAUACAUAAAUAUCUGUGUUAGUGAUUGUUGGAGCAGGCAGGGGAGGUGUAGUGGAAAUAUGUUGCGGUGUGCACAGUAAAACAGGAUGGAAGCAAUAGCUGAGAGUCUGAAAAAAAAUUGUAGUCAGUGAAAACAGCAAUACAUGUGAAAAAUACGAGACUCUCAUAAUGUAACAGGCAAUUAACUUCACAAUGAUAAUAAAUGUGAAAAAAUAAUCAUCUUAAUGCUGUGAGGAAAAAAGUCUAUUGUGAUGUCAAAAUGCAAGCAAUAGAGCAGACACCUGAUUUCCAGCUCCACCUCCCUCUUGCCUUCCAUUCUUCACCAAAGUGUAAUAUUUUCUCAUCAGAAUAAUAAUAAUUAUAAGGAUAUAGCAUUUAAAAAUCACUGUAAAGUCAAUGCUCAUAUGAAUUUGAAUAAUUAGGAGCAGUCCACUGGUAGUUUUGUUGUCCCAGGUGUGUGGUGUUUAGUUUUUGAACAAGACAAAACUUUUAACCCUACAUGUGCACUCUGACGACUUCUGUAAAUUGUGUUCUUUUUUGUGUGUGUGUGUGUGUGUGUGUGUGUGUGUGUCACACACAGUAAGGCUCUGCUGCGCACCGUGGCUCACUUAAUUUUGUUCCACCCGGCUCUCUCUACUGUAAAUACGUGCCUCUCUGUGGGUCUGUUGUAUGCUUCCUUGCUCCUCUGCCUCUUUGUCUUUCAUCCCUCGUCUGUCUCGUCACCUUUCAUCUGAUUUCACAGCUCUGGUCGCUAACUGUUUCUUUGACGCUCACAGACUAUCCCCCUUUCUCUCGGUUUACCCGACUCUUUGCUCUCUGCUGCCAUCAGCUUCGUGUUUAAUAGGCGGUCUCCGCCUGUUGUCGCCCUACAACACUUUUUCAGCGCCAUUUCCAGUGAUGUUCGAUGUUUUGUGUGGGUAGCAACAAGGCAUUUCUGUCUUAACCCCUGAUACCAUGUUGCCUAGACUAAAUAUUUAAGGACCAAAUGUUUUAUUUUUUAUUUAUCACAGCUUUAGCUUUUGAACAGAAAAAAAAUAGCUAAUAAUGCUGUCAAAAUGAAGAUCUUGAGAGUGGCGGUGAAGGUGAUGAUUGUGAUUAUGAUGAUGAUGACACUCUUAACAAUCAUGAUGUUGAUGAAGAUGGUGUAUAUCUGGAUGUAAGAAUAAAGUGGAUUUAGAUAUCAUAUUGGUGAGUGUGAUGAAGCAUGAGCGCAUUUGUGUACCUGCUUGUGGGUUUCAGUCCUGUGUACAUGUGUGUUUUUAUAACACUGUUAAAGUAACCAGGGAUAAGGGUACUGGCACAUUGAUUUGUAAUUAAACUCAAACUCAAAUGUUGGUGACUUAAACUUUUUCGACAUUUGCAGUUUAGAUUGGAGG